GGAUAACCACGAAUUUAUUAAGCAAGAAAGAUGUUUGUUACAACUUUAAGAUAAGAAAUGUAUAAAGCAAAUAAUAAUAUAGCAGAAAUGCAUAGCAUUCUUUCAUAAAGAAAGCAACUCAAGGAAAAGAACACACGCAGGGAGCAUUUGCUGGCAACUCUAUCCAACCUUGUUCUCGGCUUCUGUCAAUCACGUGUCAGCUAUUUCAACCUCGCUCUUCUCCGCCCAUCGCGACAAUUCCCUCUGCUAAAGACCCUGAAAAAAGGGGAUUCUCCAGACGCAGAAACCAUGUCUCGAUAAGCUCAUCUCUCAUUUGUGAAAAUUCCACUCAAACCUCGAAUAGUAGCCCUCACCCUCAUUUAACCCCCCCAACCGCUUGGCUCUUGUGACUCUCCCCUUUCUUCCAGCGUCCGUUAGCUUCAACCGUUGCUGGCCCAGCGGUUGCGCUGAGUACUGAGUUUCUUGCCUAUCGUUGAAAAUAUGGGUCUUGCCUACUGGUUCCGCAGGCUUUACUCGCUCGAUACUCUUGACACGCGCUUUGUCCCGUCGAACACGCCGCUGAAGGCCGUCCUUGCUAGUGAGCCCCGAACAGCGUCCGUGGAUAAUGGGGUUCUAGGACACGCGGAUUCGAAAGAGUUUGAAAGCGGGAAUGAGGUCUGGGCAAAAGCGCAAACUGAAACACAAACACAAACACAAACACAUGCGCAAUUGGGAGAAGGCCGGGUCAGUGCUCUUUCUGGCACUUCGCUGACGACAUCCCCGCCAAGGUGGAAUACGGUCGAGUUUUAUGUCUACUACGUCGUGAUUCUUACUGCGGUGUCAAUGAUGUUUAAGGCUGUUUAUGAUGUUUCGAAGGAAUCUCACCCGAUGUAUUCGAAAUACUCGCAUCUUUUAGACGAUGGAUGGAUUAUGGGGAGGAAAGUCGACAAUUCCGACUCACAAUAUGGGACCUUUCGUGAUAACAUUCCCUACCUCGCCCUGCUCUUGGUGAUCCAUCCUUUACUCCGACGAGCAAUUGACACCUUCCUUCCUCCGACAACAAGCGCGAAUUUGUCCUCACCUCAAUCUGGUAAAAUUAAGGAUGAUGAAAACGCUGGAUAUGAUUCAGUAGCUGCGGACUUGCGGCUCAAACGGAGAGUCGCUUUUGAUUAUUACUUCGCGCUGGUAUUCAUUGCCGCCUUGCAUGGAUUUUCAGCUCUCAAGGUUCUAGCCAUUCUCGCCAUUAAUUAUAAUAUCGCCACAAAACUACCACGGGACAAGAUCCCAGCGGCGACGUGGAUUUUUAACAUUUCCAUAUUAUUUGCAAAUGAAUUGUCGAAUGGGUAUCGUUACGCAGAUAUUGCAAGAUUAUUUACAUCGACGUCUGCUGCCUCAAGUGCAGGGGAAGAUAGUAUGCUCCUUUCCUAUGGGAAAUGGCUUGACAGUUACGGUGGAUUGAUCCCAAGAUGGGACAUUCUUUUCAAUCUCACAGUUCUUCGGCUCAUAAGCUUUAAUCUGGAUUAUUAUUGGAGCCUCGAUUAUCGAUCGGCGAGUGCUAUGGAGAAGAAACAACUUGACCCCUCGGCCCUGUCUGAGCGGGAUCGUGUGUCUAUUCCUGCCCAUCGAAGCGCGUUCAACUCGACAAACUACGUCGCUUAUGCUCUUUACUCUCCCCUCUACCUCACUGGUCCCAUCAUUACCUUCAACGACUAUAUCUCCCAACAGCGCUAUCCACCCGCCUCCAUUACGAAAUCCCGCACUAUUCUCUAUGGAGUUCGUUUCUUUCUCGCCCUCCUUAGCAUGGAAGUAAUCCUACACUACAUCUACGUCGUCGCCAUCUCCCAAUCCUCUCCAAACUGGUCCGUUUACACGCCUUUCCAGCUCAGCAUGUUAGGGUACUUCAACCUGCACCACAUCUGGCUGAAACUUCUCUUGCCCUGGCGCUUUGCUCGCCUUUGGGCACUCAUCGACGGCAUUGACCCACCCGAAAACAUGGUCCGCUGUAUGUCAGACAAUUACUCAGCUCUCGCUUUCUGGCGCGGCUGGCACCGUUCUUUCAACCGGUGGAUCGUCAGAUACCUCUACGUGCCGCUAGGUGGCGGCGGCAGUAGACCUGCCAAAGCUAACCCGAGCAACGGGAACGGCAACGACAAUUCUGUGGCGUCUACUUCGCCUAUUGUUGCCAAAGCGCGCGGCCUCCUCAACUUCCUGCUCGUUUUCACUUUUGUCGCGCUGUGGCAUGACAUCAACCUCCGCCUGCUCAUGUGGGGCUGGCUCAUCACUCUCUUCGUCCUGCCUGAAAUAAUUGGCACCGCAUUAUUCCCCGCACGUAAGUGGCGCGGUAGCCCGACGACGUAUCGCUUGCUGUGUGGUGCGGGCACAGUGUUCAACAUCUUACUGAUGAUGGCAGCGAAUCUUGUUGGGUUUGCUUUGGGGCUUGAUGGGUUGAAGGGGCUUGUUAGUGGGAUUGUUGGUAGUGUGGGUGGGCUGGUGUAUCUUGUAGGGGCAUGCUUGACCCUAUUUGUGGGCGUGCAGGUCAUGUUUGAGAUUCGGGAAGAGGAGUUGAGGAUGGGAAUCAAUAUGAAGUGUUAAGCUUUUUAUGGAGUCGGGUGAUGGAAAUGUGGGAUAUACAUUUUUUUUCUAAUUCAUUCAUAUUUUCCUUAACACAUUACAUCGGAUUUUCGUUGCAUUGUAUAUAUAUUAUACCAAGUUAUGCCAAUAAUACAGCGCAUUUUUUGCGCUUCUAAUCAUUUCGCCUUGUGCAAUCACUUCUAUGACCUCGGGCCGGUUGUGACAUCCGUUCAGCAAUCAAAUUGAAUACUCCCUUAAUGCCACCUUAACCUCCGCGAUUUCACAUAUCUAAUGCCUUGUGUGGCCUUUGUCUGUCUCCAUGCUCCGCACAGAUACUAUAUCUGCUUUCCCGCAGGACAGGAUUUCUUGAAUUCCGACUCGAAAUUCCCACUUUUUUUCGCCUUCAGUCGCCCUUGCUCUCAAUCUUAACCCACACCAACGAUGAUUGAUAUCUAA